AUGGCCUCACCAAUUUUCGUGUCGAAGGCACAUCCUGGAUACUCUACACAAGCUUUUCAGACAGGCUUCAACAUAGCUGUCGCCAGUGCGCCUGAUCUAGCUACGAUUAUAGCGGAGCAGUGCAGGUUAUAUCCUAAGGAAGUUCUCGGAUGGGCAGUUGUGGCGCUCUUAUGGUGCACUGCGAUGGAGCCCAUCGACAGGAUGGCACGACCACUUUUUCUGUUCAAAUACAUGCUCUACGCUUUGAACAGUUGGUUUUCAAGCUACUUGCUCCUGAGAUAUGGCUACUCACGCUUUGACGACUCUUUUUGGGCGACUUUUUCCCGCGCCUCAAAUGAGACUAUCGAAUCUGCAGACAAAUCGUGUUCAUCUCGACCCAAGCCGCAGAUCACCGUGAGAACUGUCAUGUCAGCGCUUAUUCCACCUGAAUCCAUUGCAUGGCAUACAGUGAUUCUUCUGGUAAUGGCUUUGUUGAUGGCCGAUGUGGAAAACGGUUCUACAACAGGCAUCGCCGUUCCCCAGUUUGGACGCGCAAAAUCAUCAAUAUUGACUGCACUAUGGUAUACACAAUUGGCUACCGCACUUGACCCAUUGACGGCAGUGGUCAUUGGUCUAGCCCUGGCUACGUUUAUGAGCUUACCGACCAGCAUUGCAAUGAUAACUCAAAUCUGCCACAUCACGUGCCUCUCGAAAGUUUUGCUUGUGCCCUAUCUGCAGCAGGCGCGUUUCUCACCGACGGAGUUUAGCGUAUGGAUACAAGCUCGCGGCGGAGUUAUGUGUGGGUUUCUUACACCCUUCUACGUCUUGAUGUUGUCAUUGAACGCUAGUCUUGUUUCUCCGGCUUUUGUCUACGUGCUGAUAUUUCCGUUUGCUUAUUUACUAGCUGGAAUAGCUGAACCUGUUCCGGCCAAUGCCAUGCUCGGAACAAAAGCCCACUCAACCUGGUGUGCACGCCAAGUUCUGUGGCGCAGUGUUGUAUCCAGGAACGGACCUGCUACGAGAAGCAAUUGA